AGCACGCUCCGCUUUAAACGGUUUAAGGAACUUUACGACGCUCCCUUAACAUACGACCUUUGCCCUCUGUCAUCUGCUCGCAGUGGUACAGUAGCAUGCUCUGGGUAAUAACACGACCUCUGUGCACACUCCGACAGAGUAAGGCUAUCAAAGACGUGCUUGUACAUUUGCCGAAGUGUGUGGCUCGCAGAAACAUGUCGUCUCCAGCUAAAAAGCCGGUGUCCUUACUGGGAACUAUGGGCUUCGGGGGGCGAGCAGACGCCGAGCAGAGCCUGGAAAUGGUGAAGGCUUUCCUGGACAGCGGACACAACCAGCUGGACACAGCCUUCAUGUACGUCGAUGGGAAGUCAGAGACCAUCAUCGGAGGCAUGAAUCUCCCUAAAACAGUAAGCAUAGCUACCAAGGCCAAUCCCUGGGAUGGAAAGACGCUGAAGCCAGAGAGCGUGCGCUCCCAGCUGGAAACCUCCCUUCAGAGGUUGCGUACAGACUGUGUGGACCUUUUCUACCUCCAUGCCCCUGACCACCAAAACCCCAUCGAGGAUACUCUCAGGGCCUGCAAUGACCUCCACAAAGAGGGAAAAUUCAAGGAGCUCGGCCUUUCAAACUAUGCAUCCUGGGAAGUGGCUGAAAUAGUAUGCAUCUGCAGGCACAACAACUGGAUAGUUCCCACUGUUUAUCAGGGAAUGUACAAUGCCACAACAAGACAGGUGGAAACAGAGUUGCUGCCAUGUCUGAGAUACUGUGGAAUGCGAUUCUAUGCAUACAAUCCUCUGGCAGGUGGCCUUCUGACAGGGAAGUAUCACUAUGAAGAUAAAGAUGGCUCCCAGCCUGCAGGACGAUUCUUUGGUAACAGCUGGGCUGGAGCAUACAGAGACAGAUACUGGAAGAAAAGUCAUUUCCAGGCCAUAGAGGUGGUUCUGCAGGCUUUGGAAACAGCGUACGGGUCAGAGAAACCCUCGUUGACUUCUGCUGCUAUGCGCUGGAUGUAUCAUCACUCUCAGCUUAAGGGUGAUCUUGGAGAUGGAGUCAUUAUUGGCAUGUCGAGCAUGGAGCAGCUUCAGCAAAACAUGGCCGCUGCGGAAGAGGGUCCUCUGGAUCAGAGAGUGGUCGACGCCUUCAAAGAAGCCUGGAAUCUCGUAGCCCACGAGUGUCCAAACUACUUCAGAUGAAGACCUUCUUGAUCAUCACUUUAUAUGUAAUUUAAUUUUGCAGAAAAAUGUUUCUCCUAAUUACACCUAAUUAGGGUUUUUGAAUUCUCCCCUGAAAUGUACAUUUUUCCUUCUUUGUAUUU